AUGACCGGCUCUGAAUACCUCAAUGUCUUCAAGGGCCCUGACUCGGUUCGCAACUAUUUCGAUCCUGAGCAAUCACCACCGUUGCCUCUUGUUGAGAUUCCUGACAGCCUCAACCCUUACCGUCAAGAUGGCGUUCGCAUCUAUGCCAAGAUGAUGACCAUGCAUCCCGCCACCAAUGUCAAAGUGAUGCCAGCUAUGAACUUGCUGGAAAAUGGUGUGCAGCCUGGUAAGACCAAGACUAUCGUCGAGAGCAGCUCCGGUUCUACUGUUAUUUCUAUGGCUAUGGUCGCCCGUGCUUUCCACGGUAUUGACGACGUGCACGCCUAUCUUAGCAACAAAACAAGUGAGACAAAGUUGCGUAUGAUGCAGUUCUUCGGUCUUAACGUCACUUUGUUCGGUGGACCAGCUCAACCUACACCUGUUGACGAGAGAGGAGGCAUCAGAUCCGCAGCUCGUAAAGACGCAGAGUCAGAGUCUGUGUGUAGUCCUAACCAAUACAUCAACGACGAUAACUGGAAGUCUCAUGUACGAUGGACAGGCCCUCAAAUCCACCGCCAACUCCCCGAGAUUAACGUGAUAGCUGCGUCUAUGGGAACUUCUGGUACAAUGACCGGCCUGGGCACCUACUUCAAGCAAGCCAAGCCUUCUGUGUACAGAAUUGCCGUAUGCACCAACGCCGGAGAGCGUGUGCCCGGUCCCCGCGAGUACUCGCUGAUGGAAGAGGUCAAAUUCCCAUACCUAUCCUCUCACGAUGCUCUCGAGGAAGUCGGCGCCCCGGACUCAUAUUCCCUUUCGCUGGACCUGACCCGCCAAGGUAUUGUUUGCGGUCCUUCAUCAGGCUUCACUCUGCAGGGUCUGUUCCAGCGUAUUGAGAAGUUCAAGCAGGAGGGCAAACUGUCAGACCUCGCUGGACCUGAUGGCGAGAUUCACUGUGUGUUCAUGUGCUGCGAUCUUCCUUUCCAAUACUUGAAUGAGUACUUCUCGAAUCUUGGCCCUGAGAAGUUCAGCGCUCUUCGCAAUGAGCGUUUGAGAAAUGUCGACCUCUACCGCUAUGACGAUGCUUGGGAGCUCAACUCUUUGUCCGCCUUGUCAAGCUACUACACAAUCCACCCUCUUGGUACUCACGACACUGUCCUGUCACUUGCAGACCAGAUUGACAAGGCCCUUACUCCCUCAGCCAACACUCAAGUCCUAGACUUUCGCUGCUCGUCCGACUACGAAGCCUUCCAUCUCCCCAACUCGGUCAACAUGCCCCUCGAGACGCUACGAGAUGGUCCCUCCAGCGGCAGCCCCUUUGCCAACCCCGCCGACGAAUGCGCCAUGCUGGAGGAGCUUUGGCUCGAGCUAGAGAGCCUCUUUAACGUCAAGGACAAGAACGGAAACCGAAACGCUAGCGCUGAAGCACUCAUGUCUAUCCUCCGAGGAAAGAGGGUACUGACUCUGUGUUACGAUGGUGAUAGCGCUCGAGUCGCCAACAGUGUCCUUCGUGCGAAGGGCGUUGAGGCAGAGAGUGUUCGUGGUGGUUACGGCGCUCUUGCUAAGUUGCAGAUGCCUUGUAACGACACCUGCGAAGUUGUUUCUUUCCCUGUCUCCAUCGAGGCUUAG